AUGAGACACACCGCAGCGAACAAUUUUUAUGCGCAGACCAUGUCUUCUGAAGCCGCAAACGGUCGCCGCCGGGUCCGGAAGCCCUUAUUCGAAUACCCGUCCUUGCCCGAGUUUCCAAUUUACUUCCUCAUCACACUUGGAGCGUUGAUUUAUGCGUGGUAUUGUGUCUACAACGCUUCCACUAAGUGGACCUUCCGAUUGGGAUAUCCCGCAAGCAUUUCAUACUUACCCAUAGUCGGAGAGAGAUACAGGGUAUGGACCGGAAUUUAAAAAUCUGAUUUUAGGAUGAAUUUGAUUGGGAAUGGAAUCGAUGGGCUCCAUUGGCACUCUCCGCGUUUCCUUUUAUGAUCUUAAACAGCCUUGUGUUUAAUGUAACUGCUCAAUACUUCUCCGAAAGGGUCUGGAUGAUCUCAACAAUCAUUGUUUCUAUGAUUACAUCUUCUGUUUUGUUUACUCCUAAAUUAUUGAUUAUUUCAUUAAUACAAGGCACAUUUGUGUUCUUUAUAACGCAUCGGUUCAAGUAAGUUUAUUCAAUUGUCAUUUUUACUUGUAUUUUAGAAAGGUCUGGGUAGUAUGGAUGAGCUCAAUGCCUAUCCUUUACUUUGUUAUGCAUCAUACGAUGACCUUGUCACCAGAUCCUUUCUUGGUAUUGCUGUUUGUUUCAUAUACUUUGUUAUCUUAUGUAUCCUUUAAUAUCGACCAAGUCAAAGGAUUUUGCCGACCAGAAGACAAAACUUUCUUUGAUUUGUAUAUCCGGAUGUUAUUCUACACUUUCUACAACCCCUAUUUGGUAUCUCUGAUAGUAUUAUAUCGAGAUUUUGAGGUUCAAAUCAGGGAUCGCCCAAAGAUUCAAAGGGAUUGGAAAGAGAUUUUAAUUUUUGGAGUAAGAUUAAUAUUCUGGAUAUCUGUCAUCGAGUUAAUGUUGAGAUUUUUUUAUUUUGGUGCUAUUCUCAGUGACGCCAAUUUUGCCGCCAGAUUACCAAAAAAUGAAUUUGUAGUUUUGGGAAUGGCAAUAGGUAAUUAUUUUGUUUAAAUACAGUUACCAAGUUACUUCAGGAAACUUCUUCCAUCUAAAAUAUGUGAUUAUAUUUGGAAUUCCGUCAUUGUUCGCAAAGAUUGACCGUAUGCAACCAAAAGAUGGCCCAAUUUGCAUUGCUCGGGUAGCCAUGAUUUCAAAGAUAUGGAGGGGUUUUGACAGAGGACUCUAUGAUUUCUUCAAGCAGUACAUCUUUGUUCCUAUCUGCGCCCCAACUUUCACCCUGCCGAGGAAGAUCUUUGGUGUCCUUGUUUCAUAUUCCUUUGUUCUUCUCUGGCACGGAUUCCAACAUCACAAUAUUGUGGGCUUUUUAAACUUACAAUUACAAUGCUCUUCUAUUUUUCAAAAAAUCCUCAAAUUUGAUUUCAGGUGUGGAUAGUCCUCAACAUCAUCGAGUUGUUCAUCGAAUUCUCAGCAAAAGCUUUGUAUACGGUGCCGUUUGUAAAGAGCUGGAGGGAAUCCCACUUAUCGGACCAGAACUUCCGCCGGAUCCUCGGGAUCUUCCAGAUCGUCCCCUAUGCCUUCGGAUUGUAUUCCAACUUUUAUUUCUUGGGCGGAUCAAAGGUUGGAUGGCUGUUCGUUGAACGGAUCUUCUGGGAAGAGACCGUUCCAGUCCGAUGGCCCUUCCUCCUUCUCAUCUUUUGCGGAUAUAAUUACAUGCAUGUUACAAUGGAAGCCGAAAAAUGGCUGACAAGAAAAAGAAAUUUGAAGGUUGAGUAG